CCUGAUGACAACCGCGCAAGAUGCACAGUUUCAGUGAAGCAUCGUCGACGAAGGGUUUGUCCCCGGUCUCGACCAUCUAUUCCAAGCCAUCCAGCAGUACUUCCACGAAUCCAUCAACGAGGCCACCAUCGAAACGAAGGAAGCAGUCAUUCCAUGCUUCGUCUCUGGCUUUUUCGUUUGUGUGUAAGCUGCUAGCGGUGUCAAAUCCGCCUCCUCCGAUGCUCGAGAAACCAAAAUCAUCUGGCGCCUCCGUGGUGUCCGUGGAACGACAAGCCCUAUCACCGAUUUGUGUUUACGGAGACAUUACAGGACCACAGCUCUGUAAAGUCGUCGUGAUCCUCAAGGAGCUGCACCUUCCUUAUAUCCUGAAAGUGGUUGAUGUAGGAGCCAUCAAAGAGGACCCUAAUUCUGCACCAUGCGAGCUUAUACGCGGUGGACCGGCUAUGGAAGAUCCUAAUACUGGUAUCGUACUCUGGGAGUCUGGAGCCAUAGUGGACUAUCUCGAAGAAAUGUACGACAAAGUCAACAAGCUACGCUAUACUUCAUUUCCAGAAGUCUGGCAUACCAAGCAAUGGGCCUGGCAUCAAUUUGGAGGCCAUGAAUCUUUAAUGGGACAAGAAAGCUUCAUUUCUACACACGAAUUCUACGGCGACAUGGUACGCGGAACCCUCGCGACCAUCGAGAACCAUCUAGGAGCGACCGGCAAUCUCUAUCUUAUUGGCGAUCGUAUCACAUAUGCGGACCUAUUAUACGUGGCGUCGAGAGAAGCGAUAUCAACAACCUUGAUGCGGAGCUUCGUCGAGAAUUUUGAGGUCGAGUGGCGACGGGAAUGGCCAAGGACUUACGAUUGGUAUCAGCGUUUGUUGAUGAGGGAUUCGGUCAAAAAGACCUUCCAGGAGAGGUUCGAGAUUAUGGAAGAACGAGGGUGGAAUGAUUGAGCUCGAUGGAACACUGAAGAGCAGGUGCUCUGUUGCUUCGAAAUGGGUGCGGCAGCACCAUAAUCAUUGCGCUAUCCUGGUUGAAUCUGCGCAUCAUUUGGAAUCUGGACUCCCUUCCCGGAGGAUUCGAAUCGACGUGGACCUGCAUCUCAGAAGCGAUGCGAUAUCAAGGUUCCGCGAAAACACAACACAGAUGUACCGCAUCACCUGACCACCACCACUCAGGACAAAACUUGGGAUGGACGGAAUCCUUGUAUUCAAUGUCGUGCGGCGCUCAGCCGAAGGCCAUUGUUCCCCAUUAAGCCGCAUUAGCCAUGGCCCUCGUCGGAUCGCGGCAACAGUGGCAUGCAUUCGAUAACGCAUCUCAGAGUGCAUUCUUCUCUGAACUUUCAGCCCCAUUGACAAGGUCGCGGAAAGAUACAUGUGUUCUGGAGGCCUCGUUCAAAUUGAGAGACUGAGCACUGCAGAGCAAGACAUCAGUGAUGCCCUCCAUUGUCGUGUCCAUGAUCAAAUCACCGAGACCUUCAAGAGCGCGACCCGUCGACAGGGACACUAUUUACGCCUAGGCCACAUUGGGGAAUCUAAUGGGCACCUCCCAGCAUCGCAGCCACGUCAGGCGUAGGAAACAUAGGUUUUCAGGCUUCGCACCAAGAUUUUGUUCGUAAGGGUGGGAAAAGGGUGAUGCUGGAAGUACUUUGCUUCGUCACGAUCGCAACUGCAGAAGCUUUGUGCCGACCUGUUGCAGUCUGCAUGCGCCGAGAGAGAAGAGGAGCUGUGUGGCGUGCAAAUCUUCCGGACUUCGUGAAGAAAUGG